CCUCCCCAGUUUCAGUCGGACAAGUUUUUAAGACAACACUCCAGACUGUCAACUUUAGUUUACUUGACUAGUGCUGCUGUAUCACCUUAACAAGUUAGUAACAGUAGUCCAGAAGCCAUGCCGAGCCACGCGGAGCAGUGGAUCCGCACUUCGAUGCGCACCCCGGGCAUUUUUAUCUUCGGAAUGGUCCUUGCCCCUUGCGGCUGGAUCCUAAACCUCACAGCGACAGUGGCUCCCAACUGGAGAACCAUCAACACUAUCGCCUUACUGCCGGUUGAUACGUUCCUACAACAAGGCAUCUGGGACAUAUGCAAGACGUCCAGCUCGUCCCAAGUAAACCAAUGUAACCAAAAUGACGAGGCGUACUUCAAAAACCAGAUUAUAGCGGUCGCACAGGGCUUGAUGGUAGCGUCUCUGAUAUUGACUCUGAUCGGGCUGGCCACGGCAACCCCCGGGGUAAGGUGCUGGAAAGACCGCCCGAACUGGACAGUAGCCGGGCUGGGGGGAAUGCUCAUCUUUCUGUCUGGAGUCUUGACGAUCAUCCCUAUUGCAUGGUACACUCACAUCUUCAAGGACAUCGCCGCAUCCAGCACCGACAUUCGCGUCGGCUACUGUAUUAUUUUGGGAUACAUCGGGGGCAUCUUUGAGCUACUGGGCGGCUUGGUCAUGUUCAUUGGGAUAUGUCGUUGCUGUGGCGGUAAGAACCGUGGAGAGACGCGAAUCUCGGAGACCACAGCACACUUCAGAAACACCAAACCCCCACCGCGCCGCAUCGAGGUGCCGAGCAUAGCCCGAACCCGGAGUAGCGCUAGCAGCGUCCCCUACUCUAAAGACUCCAUGGAAGACGAGGCGGACUUCCCCCGGGCAAAGAGCACCUCGUACGGAGGAAGACGACCCGCUUAUGACGUUGAUCUGUGAGGACAUUAUGGUGAAGAGGGCCAGUUGCCAUUGAUAGGUGUGACAUGUAUACUAUAGCAUUACAAAUCUACCAAUGAAGGACAUUUACCUCUACAUGUAGGCAUGUCGUUUUAACCAUAAAACUAGACCUAAUCUUGUUGUUUGGGUGAAUAUGAUAGAAAUAUAAAUUAUUUCACACUUUUGGGAAUAUGCCUAUGAUGUGACCUAUGGCAUGUUUGUAUUUGAAGAUGUAACAUUAUUUACAAAUGACAAUGCCAGCGCCAUAGAACAUGGAAUACAGUGCCUUCGGGAAGUAUUCAGACCCCUUGACUUUUUCUACAUUUUGUUAGGUUACAACCUUAUAAAAUGUAUAAAAAAUGUUUUUAAAAAUCCAUCAAUCUACACACACUACCCUGUAAUGGCAAUGCAAAAACAGGCUUUUAGAAAUGUUUGCUAAUUUAUAAAAAAUAAAUACCACAUUUACAUAAGUAUUCAGACCCUUGACUCAGUUCUUUGUUUAAGCACCUUUGGCAGUAAUUACAGCCUUGAGUCUUGGGUAUAACGCUAUAAGCUUGGUACACCUGUAUUUGGGGAGUUUAUCCCAUUUUUCUCUGCAGAUCCUCUCAAGUUCUGUCAGGUUGGAUGGGGAGCGUCUCUGCACAUCUAUUUCCAGGUCUCCCCAGAGAUGUUCCAUCGGGUUCAAGUCCGAGCUCUGGCUGGGCCACUCAAGGACAUUCAGAGACUUGUCCCGAAGCCACUCCUACGUUGUCUUGCCUGUGUGCUUAGGGUCGUUGUCCUGUUGGAAGUGAACCUUUGCCCCAGUCUGAGGUCCUGAGUGCUCUGAAGCAGGUUUUCAUCAAGGAUCUCUGUACUUUGCUCCGUUCAUUAUUCCCUCAAUCCUGACUAGUCUCCCAGCCCUUGCUGCUGAAAAACAUCCCCACAGCAUGAUGCUGCCACCACCAUGCUUCACCGUAGGGAUGGUGCCAGGUUUCCUCCCAACGUGACACUUGGCAUUCAGGCUAAAGAUUUGAAUCUUGGUUUCAUCAGACCAGAGAAUCUUGUUUCUCAUGGUCAGAGUCCUUUAGGUGCCUUUUGGCAAACUCCAACUGGGCUGUCAUGUGCCUUUUACUGAGGAGUGGCUUCCGCCCGGCCCCUCAACCAUAAAGGCCUGAUUGGUGUUGUGCUGCAGAGAUGAUUGUCCUUCUGGAAGGUUCUCCCAUCUCCACAGAGAAACUCCAGAGCUCUGUCUGAGUGACCAUCAGGUUCUGGUCACCACCCUGACAAAGGCCCUUCUCCCCCGAUUGCUCAGCUGGGCAACAAGCUCUAGGAAGAGUGUUGGUAGUUCCAAACAUAUUCCAUUUAAGAAUGAGGCCACUGUUCUUGGGGACCUUCAAUGCUGCAGAAAGGUUUUGGUACCCUUCCCCAAAUCUGUGCCUCAACACAAUCCUGACUCGGAGCUCAACGGACAAUUUCUUCGACCUAAUGGCUUGGUUUUUGCUCUGACAUGCACUGUCAAUUAUGACAGGUGUGUGCCUUUCCAAAUCAUGUCCAAUCUAUUUAAUUGACCACAGGUGACUACAAUCAAGUUUUAGCCAUUGACUGGCUGCUGCCAACAUACUGACUCAUCUCUAGCCACUUUAAUAAUGAAAAAUUGAUGUAAUAAAUACAUCACUAGCCACUUUAAACAAUGCCACUUUAUAUAAUGUUUACAUACCCUACAUUACUAAUCUCAUUUGUGUAUACUGUCUACUGCAUCUUGCCUAUGCUGCACGGCCAUCGCUCAUUCAUAUUUUUAUGUACAUAUUCUUAUUCAUUCCUUUACUUGUGUGAUAAGGUAGUUGUGAAAUUGCUAGGUUAGAUUACUUGUUAGAUAUUACUGCAUAGUCGGAACUAGAAGCACAAGCAUUUCACUACACUCGCAUUAACAUCUGCUAACCAUGUGUAUGUGACAAAUAAAAUUAGAUUGAGAAACAUUUAAAAGAUUAUCAAUGGAAACAGGAUGCACCUGAGCUCAAUUUCAAGUCUCAUAGAAAAGGGUCUGAAUACAAGAAAAAUUCUAAGAACCUGUUUUCGCCUUGUCAUUAUGGUGUAUUGUGUGGGUAUUUCUGAGUAAUGGCCUUUAUUUAAUCCAUUUUAUAAUAAGACUAAUGUAACAAUGUGUUUGGUCAAGGGGUCUGAAUACUAUAUACACACACCCUUAAAUAUUGGAUGGGUCAGGAUCUGUGUGCUCAAAUCAGUCGACUUAACUGUGUAAAUGCACUUUACAUUCUAUUCCAGGAGGACAGGCUGCUCAGACUACAUGUUACUAUCCUAAAUGGAAAACAUUUUAUUAAGGGCUGUUUGGCCUACAAGUUAUCCUCCUGCUAAGCCUACAUGUUAUGAUCCUACUGCAAGUGAUUUUAUUUAGGGCUGCUAGGCCUACAUGUUCUUACUGUAGGAUACAAGGGGUUUUAUUAAAUCAACUUUGUAUAGUGUUUUUCUGUUUAAUAUAUUCUAUUCAUUCCUACUGAGGGUUGACAUGUUGAAUUAACAGUUAAACGACAGUAGUUUGACUCUACAGACUGAGGUUAAGCUACAAGACAGAAUAGUGAAACAGAAAUCACAGGUGUCCCAUUGAAUUGGAGUUGCCAGACAUCCGCCAGGGGCUGAUUUUGCGAUACAGUGUAGCCUACACAUUCAUAUUUUGGGGUGCUUAACAUCACCCGCACCACAUCUUUAUGAUAUAUAUCAUUAUAAGUGCAACGUUACAGGUUGGAAUGUCAAUUCUCAAAUGAUAUUAGGUCUAAUAUAUGUGACAAAUGUACCUUUUUUUGUAAAUUGGUGUUUUAAUUUGUUGAUAAAAUGUGGGACAUGAUUGUUUGGUUGCGGGACAAAAUGCGGGACAUGAUUGAUUGGUCACACCAACAUCUGCUACCACUGUUCCUUGAAUAAAUGUUGACAAAUUA